AGCGGAAGUGGCCGGCUAGAGCCGGGGGCUGGGCGGGGACCGGGCUCGUCAGUGAGGCGGCAGCGGCGGCGGCGGCGGCUUGGCAGGCGGGUUCAGGCUUCGGGGGCCAGCCGCCGCCAUGAUCCUGCUGGAGGUGAACAACCGCAUCAUCGAGGAGACGCUCGCGCUCAAGUUCGAGAACGCGGCCGCCGGAAACAAACCAGAAGCUGUAGAAGUAACAUUUGCAGAUUUUGAUGGAGUCCUCUAUCAUAUUUCAAAUCCUAAUGGAGACAAAACAAAAGUAAUGGUCAGUAUUUCUUUGAAAUUCUACAAGGAACUUCAGGCACAUGGUGCUGAUGAGUUAUUAAAGAGAGUGUACGGGAGUUUUUUGGUAAAUCCAGAAUCAGGAUACAAUGUCUCUUUGCUAUAUGACCUUGAAAAUCUGCCUGCAUCCAAGGAUUCCAUCGUGCAUCAGGCUGGCAUGUUGAAACGAAACUGUUUUGCCUCUGUCUUUGAGAAAUAUUUCCAAUUCCAAGAAGAGGGCAAGGAAGGAGAGAACAGGGCAGUUAUCCAUUAUAGGGAUGAUGAGACCAUGUAUGUUGAGUCUAAAAAGGACAGAGUCACGGUAGUCUUCAGCACAGUGUUUAAGGAUGACGACGAUGUGGUCAUUGGAAAGGUGUUCAUGCAGGAGUUCAAAGAAGGACGCAGAGCCAGCCACACAGCCCCACAGGUCCUCUUUAGCCACAGGGAACCUCCUCUUGAGCUGAAAGACACCGAUGCCGCCGUGGGCGACAACAUCGGCUACAUUACCUUCGACCCUGACGCCUUGCCUAUCCCCCUCCCCCACCGCCGCCCAGUGCUGUUCCCUCGCCACACCAACGCCAGUGCUCGAGACAACACCAUCAACCUGAUCCACACGUUCCGGGACUACCUGCACUACCACAUCAAGUGCUCAAAGGCCUAUAUUCACACACGUAUGCGGGCAAAAACAUCUGACUUCCUCAAGGUGCUGAAUCGUGCACGCCCAGAUGCUGAGAAAAAAGAAAUGAAAACAAUCACGGGGAAGACGUUUUCAUCCCGCUAACUCUUGGGAACAGGAAGAGGAAGCGGCUGGCAGCUGAAGGCUGGAACACUUGCUACUGGAUAAUCGUAGCUUUUAAUGUUGCACCUCUUCAGGUUCUUAAGGGAUUCUCCGUUUUGGUUCCAUUUUGUACACGUUUGGAAAAUAAUCUGCAAAAACGAGCUGUGCUUGCAAGGACUUCAUGGUUCCCAAGAAUUUUAAAAAAAAGGAAAAAAAGAAUUCCACUUGAUCAACUUAAUUCCUUUUCUUUAUCUUCCCUCCCUCACUCCCCUUCCCCUCCCCCUCUUUUCCAAGCUGUUUUGCUUUGCAGUAUGUUACUGGUAAUGAGUUGCAGGAUAAUGCAAUCUUAACUUGUUUUCUCCUAAGUAUUUGAGUUCAGAACUCCUGUAUCUAAAGAAACACGGUUGGGGUCAUUAAUAAAGAAAACCUUUCUAUCUUA